GUGAAGCAGCGUCUGGCCGGGGCAGGGGGCAGCCUGGCCCGGGACUGCUCCCAUUGCAAGCCCGGCCCCUGCGCUAGCCUCUGGCGGAGCUAGCCCGGCCCCGGUGCGUGGGAGGGGGGAUCCCUCGGCAGCCUCCCUCCGCCGCGCUGGGGCAACUCCCCUCGGAGGGGAGGGGGCUGGCGCUGCACGGAGCCCGCAGCAGCCGCCGCGAUCCGCAACGGCCGCAGCAUCCCAGUCCGCCCGGCCCGGGGAGGGAGCCCGGCCCCAGCCGCCGCCUCCGCCCCGCCGGCCCCGCACGGGGGCAGCCGAGAGAGGCGCCCGGCGGAGCGCAGCGCACAAGCCGCGGGCGGGGGCUGCCCGAGGACGCAGCCCGGCAGAGUAUUUGGGAAUGUUUCCAGAGCCCUUUAAACCUUCCAAGGUGCUUUGCAAACCUGGGUACUUCUGGGGACAGCAGUGGUCCGAGUGCCGUAAGAUGUGUAGCACCUUUCAUCUGAGCUUCGUUAAGGCCAGAUCCCAGCUGGUGUCGUCCAGUGUAGAGUAGUUCCAUCAACUUCGGUGGAGUUAUGCAGACUUUCAACAGCUAUGGAUCUCGUCCUUAGAACUUCACAACACCCCAGUGAGCGUGUUUCAUUGUCAGAAGCCAUUCACCUUUCCGGACCUUGCCGCAACUGUUAGCUGGGGCUUUGAGGAAAAACAUUGAAAAUUGCAAAGAGUUGCCGACACCGCAGUCACUAGAUCUGAGUUCUGUGUAACUGGAUCCCAAUGAUGUCCAUGAGGAACCCUGUUUCUCCCCACCUGGAACUCGAUGGAGCCGGGAACAUGGUGAACUGCACCAUCAAGACAGAAGAGAAGACAGAUAGCUGCCAUGAGUCCCCCCAGGGAGCACCCACUGGCUCCGAUCCCCACUCCAGCGAUUUGCAUGGAGUGCCACUGUCUCUGAGAGAGAGUGCUGACCCCCGGACUCUUCCACAGGAAUCCCGGUCUCCUGUGAGCAAUGCGUUAGAUUCCAGGAGGUCUGCGUUUGAGCCUGCUGUCAGCAGCCAGGAAAAGAUAGAUUUCAACAGAAACUUGAAAGAGGUUAUGCCAACCAUUGAGAAGUUACUCUCCAGUGACUGGAAAGAGAGGCUUCUGGGUAGAAACACCAUGGAAUCCAAAGAGGUGAAAGGAACCCAGGAGAGCUUAGCGGAGAAGGAGCUGCAGUUGCUUGUCAUGAUCAAUCAGCUCUCCACCUUGCGGGACCAGCUUCUGACGGCCCAUUCGGAGCAGAAGAACAUGGCAGCCAUGCUGUUUGAGAAGCAGCAGCAGCAGAUGGAGCUGGCUCGGCAGCAGCAGGAGCAGAUUGCCAAGCAGCAGCAGCAGCUCAUUCAGCAGCAGCACAAGAUUAACCUGCUGCAGCAACAGAUCCAGCAGGUCAAUAUGCCCUAUGUCAUGAUUCCAGCCUUUCCUCCCAGCCACCAGCCUCUCCCCGUGACCCCAGACUCCCAGCUUGCGCUUCCCAUCCAGCCCAUCCCUUGCAAACCAGUGGAAUACCCCAUGCAGCUGCUGCACAGCCCUCCCCCUCCGACGCUGAAGAGACCCGCCGGCUCAGGCCACCUCCAGAUGCAGGAGUCUUCACAGCCACUGAACCUAACGGCCAAACCCAAAAGCUCUGAGCUCUCCAGUGCCUCCAGCUCACCCAGCCUGAAGAUGAGCAGCUGCCGAUCCCUCACUCCUAACCACGGGGUCACGAGAGACCUUCAGUCCAGCCCUCCCAGUCUGCCUCUGGGAUUUCUGGGAGAGGGGGACGCCAUCACUAAAGCGCUCCAGGAUGCACGGCAGCUCCUGCACUGCCACAGCGGGGCGACGGAGAGCUCUCUCAAUAAUCCCUACCGGAAGGACCAAAUGGGCUUGGAUUCCUCGCCCACGAAGGAGCGGAUGGAGGAGACGUGCAUGCACAGACUGGACGAGUCCAUGUUAACCUGCGAUAUGGAUGGCUCACGACACUUCCCCGAGUCCAGGAACAACAACCACAUAAAGCGGCCCAUGAAUGCUUUCAUGGUGUGGGCCAAGGACGAGAGGCGGAAGAUUUUGCAGGCCUUCCCAGAUAUGCACAACUCCAGUAUCAGCAAGAUCCUGGGGUCCCGGUGGAAAUCGAUGACGAACCAAGAGAAGCAGCCCUAUUAUGAGGAGCAGGCGCGGCUGAGCCGGCAGCACCUGGAGAAGUAUCCCGACUACAAAUACAAGCCGCGGCCAAAGCGCACCUGCAUCGUGGAGGGGAAGCGGCUGCGCGUGGGCGAGUACAAGGCGCUGAUGAGGAACAGACGGCAAGACACCAGGCAGGGCUACUUGAUAGCGCCCCAGAGCAGUCAGAUGCAAGCCUCUUCAUCGGACGUCCUGUACCAGAGGCCGGUGGGCAUGCAGCUGGCUCCACCGCUGGUGGAGCACUACCUGCCCCGCAGCAUGGACCCCAACAUGCCCGUCAUCGUCAACACGCGCAGCCUCAAGUCGCAAGAGGGUGACGGCGGGGAGGACGGGCACUCGGUGGCGGAUGGCGAGAUGUACCGGUACAGCGAGGACGAGGACUCCGAGGGCGAGGACAAGAGCGACGGGGAGCUGGUGGUGCUCACGGACUGAGCAGACUGCGGGGGCAGGGUGGGGCACACGUGUGUGAAGUGGGGAGCAGCAGCAGAUUUUGCUGCGUUCCCCUGCGUGGGGCUGGAACUGAAGACCUGACUGAAUGGGGAGGAGGUGGGAAUGGGGGCUUGGGGAGAACUGCCAUCACAGCACGGCUCCCUGAUCUAGGAAGUGACUAGACUCAGGGGGUCGCUGGCGAACCCCUCUGCAUGCAGAGCUCUUUGCAGCAGGGCCGCCCUGGCCCCCCGAAUGGCCUGGCAUGCAGGGCUGUGCUGGAUGGGUAUAGUGGUGUGCAGGAGACCAUGGGAAGUGUGCGUGCCAACGCACACGGCAUGGGGGCAGCCCCUGUCUCAUUCGCACGCCCAGAAGGAAGAGGUGCCGGCUCCGCUGUGCAAUGCAUCUACUCAAGCAGCAACGGGGAUGCUGCUUGGCAUAAGUGGGUCCUGGCCACCCAGCUGACGUCUGGAUAUUUCCUUGUGGCACAGAGGUGGGAGGUGCCUGGCCCCUCAGCAUGGGGGCAGAGCAAUCCCAAGGCUGAGUGAAAGCCAGCUAAAGGGGAAGCGGAUGCAGAUCUCGGAUGGUGGGGCUGUGAACGUGGGGAGAGUGGGGAGCUACUGUUCUGCGGAUCCGGAAGCUGCCCCCUGUGGAAUCCAGCUUUCUCCCUCCGGAGGUUGCAGUGGCAUGGGUUACUGGCUCCCUCCCGUGCACUCCUCUCGCCAGCAUGAGCGACAGGGGGGUUCAAGAUUGGCUUGUGGGAGAGGUGCUGCAUGGUUAGUUGGUUGUGGAGGAGCCCAACUCCCCUCGGUGGAGCCGUGUUGAGCACGGAGAGCCAGGCCUGUGGGGAAAGGUGGGGGAGAAAUCACCGCACAGAGGACAUGCAGGUAGGGGUGGGCUUCCCCCCACUCCCUCUUAUCCUUAGCCACCAAGGUCCACCAGGAGUCCCCCACUGCGGUGGGGAUGGGUGCCACCUCCUGCUGGCUCCCUGCUGGCUAGGGAACAAACCCGCUUCAUGGGAGCCCUCUCUCUAGGGCUGCAGAUCCAGGCCCGCGUGGAGCAGUUUGGUGGAGGGUCCCCUGUGAGCUACAAACAGCCCAUAUGGGAAACGCCUGCCGAGACUCUCCUGCUGUUGAGCUAACAGGACAUGUGGGGAUGGGGGGAAAAGGGCUGGAAAACGUAACCCACCCCCCACCCCAGUAUUACCAAUGCAUUUGCCUCUGGGCAGCCCCGGCUCUGCGGGGGUUAAAUAAGGAAAGAGCCCAGCGGCUGGGCAGACCUUUGUCCCUUGUCUUUCCCCACCCCCCCAUCCCGGCCCUGUUGUGCAGCCAGCUGAGGAGAAUCCUCACCUGUCCGGGGCCCUGCCAGCUGCAGCAGCAGCCACACAGUCGCCACCAUUCAGCCAGGCUCUCUGGGGCCUUUUCAUUUCUCCGAAGCGAAUGUCUGAGUGGAACACUUGUUCCUCAUUCAGUCCGUGUGCCAGCCCAUCCCGCCCUCGCCCUCCCCCCCUCCUUCGCUCGGGGCUUUCUUUCUCUCAUGCCCCCCCCUUGCUCGCCGAACCCUGCCAGUAAAUUCCCAUGGAGCCAUUUUUAGCUCUUGACUAGCAUGAGUAAGAGCCAAGGUCUCCGAGGAGCCUUUUAUCCCCCUGACAGCUCUGGCCAAGUUUGUAAAUAAAGCUGCUGCCCGUUUCCUUGCGGCGGCGCGGUGGGGCAUUCUGCUGCAGAGGGCUCAGCUCCUGGCAUGGGACGGGCACGGAGCCCCGGCCUGGCCCAGCGGCACGGCAUUGGCUACCGGUGCCUGUACCAGACGGGGACCCUUGGGUUGGGAUUCCCCUGCGGCUUUGCAAAUCCAUUUGAGCCAACAGACUUUGCCAGCCACUGUCGCAACCGAAUGUGCCAGCUGUGCUCCCUUCACCUCCCCAAGCAAAUCCUCCUGGGUGGAGUGUGCAUGGUACAGGCUAGGCCUCAGGGCUGGAAACCAGGUCCCAGCGUGGGACUUUGGCUCUCCCUGGUGGCAGGAGCUGAAACCGCAUCCAGAACAAGCCAGAAGCCCCCAGGCAGGGAGCUAGUCCUGGCUUGCAGGAAGGAGAGGUCCAUUCUCGCCUGCAGAUUUCUUUCCCUAGCAUGGCUCAGGCUGCAGUGGGAGUGAAGCCCCCCAGCAGCUCAGGUGGCUGCUAACAGCGAGAGCUGCUGGGCGUCCCUCGGCCUGUGCUGGGGACAGCGUCGAGGGGAGGUGGUCCUCUGCAGGUGCUUACGUUCUCCACCCUCUCCCUGAUCUGGCCUUAGUGCUGCUGUGCAAAGAUUCCCCCUCAGGUUGUCCAGAUCGUGUUACUGGAGCGGGGUUUUGCUUUGCAUACAAACCUCCGGACACUGGCGCAUCCUGGGGGCUUGAGCGGGAACACGCGGCCGGUGGAGAAGAGCUGCCCAAGGUCGCUUCAGUGUAACUGGUUGCCUGAUGGAGCAACCACUGACCCAGGCAGGCCUGGGUUAAACGGGGUGAGUCCCUGAAUCUCCGGGGUAGGCAUGGCAACAACUGGCUGACCUGACUUGUUGGCUCAAUCCUGCAUCUAGUUUAAGAACUGUGCGCCAGAGCCUCAGCUGGCCUAAAUCGGCAUCCCAGUCCUGAAGCCAAUGGACUUCUGCUGAGUUACACCAGCUGAGGAUCUGGCCCUCUUUCUUCUUUUCUCACCUGCUGCUGUCCUUAUUUCAACCACUGUCACCUAUAUGCAGCACUCCCCUUGCGGCCAGGGGCCUGGGCCCCUUUCCUGGCUUGGUCGUGGUUCCUCGCAACCUCUAAUCUCAUGUGGUUUGUUUUGCUUGCUCCUGUGUCAGUGCAACAACUUCCAGGCAGGGGGGAUUCCCAGGCUGAGCCAGGUGUCUCUUUCCUAAAACACUGCACAGGUCGGCAAUGCUGGGAGGAAGAAGGCUUCUCUAGAGCUCUGUCUAGUAACGCUCUGUAUUGAUACGGGGUCCCAGCACCCUGAGGUAGGCGCAGCACGGGUUGCUGUGUCAGAAAUUGGUGCGUGUGUAUGCGAGACAGAGUGAAUAGUGGUCCCCAGCUUAGGGGCAAAAAUGAACUGUUGGGAACUGAGGGGACGUGUGUGCGCGUGUAGACUGAACCUCAGGAUACCCUCAAAGGCUCCUGGUCAGCCCUACCCCCUAUAGCCCCUUCAGCACCCACCCAGCCGGUGCUGGCUUUUCCAUGGCAGGGCUCCGCUCCUGUAAGGGUUCCUUUCUCUGUUAUUUAUUACCCCUGUCCCUCCUGUGGUGUCCUUGACAAGCCCCUGGGGUCCAGGUUAGUGGGGCUAGGGGGGAAGGGAUGGGAGGAAGGGGACUGUACAGGCAGGAAUGCGUUGGAAGUAGGAAUCACCCCUCGAUUUGUAAAUCUGCCCCAGAUGUGCCCAGGCGACCAGCUGUUUUUUUUAUGACUGUAAAUAUAGAUAGAGCUUUAUUUUGUUAAUAAGACACCUAGUAACUUAACCUGUAUAUUUCACAUACUUGUUUACAACGGUGGGGUUUUUGUUUUUGUUUUUCCCCUCUUGGCACAAUAAAGAGGAUGUUUUGGAGCAGA